UCCAUAACAAACUACCAACAGCCAGAAGCAGCACUUAAGUUUAUUAGGUUUCCAAUCCUCUUAUGAUGAGACCCGUUGACCGCUCUUGAUUGGAAGCCCCGGUAUCCGGAUAUGAGCGUCACUCAAUCGGCAUCAAGCGCAACACGCAGCCGCUUUGGGAAAUGGCCAGACUGUCCAAACUGUCCGACAGACUUUGAUGCGAGUGAGAUGAACCUGCUGGACACCUGACGAGAUGAUCCUCCUAUAAAACGCGUACAGUAACCUGCACUUCACCGGCCAUGUAACUUAUAGUGUUGUGAAAUAAUUAUGCAAGAGAACAACCCGGAUUUCUUGUACCAGCGGUAUUCCAAGGACAUAAUGACUUCGGCUGUUCCUCGAUCGGGAUUUGUUGUCUUUUGCGUGAUUUUAGUCCUGACUUGUGCCCUCUAUCCUGUUCUGAAGACGCUGUGUGUCCAGAUUCACUCUGCUGUCACAGGAAGCUAUGUGGCCGGAUAUCACUCUGUGCUGCUUGUCAACUGUCCCACAGAACAAACCGCUAGAGACAUUGGCAGGAGCAUCAUGGAGAAAAGGCUGGCAGCAUGUGUGAAUAUAUUUCCUCUCACUACCACCAUGUACUACUGGAAAGGAGAGAUACGGGAUACCUCAGAAAUACUGUUGCUUGUGAGGACAAGAACAUCUCUGGUGCAGAGACUUGUGACUUAUAUAAAGUCAGCACGGGCUGCCCCUUCUAACCCCUGGUUAUCUGAUGUUCUUCGUGAACAUCGGACUAAACUCAGAGCGGCAGAGAGAAAAUGGCGCAAAUCAAACAACCCAUCGGACCUGAGUAGAACAAACUGGACGCUAAACAGUCCUGCGAAUUGCAAAAGCCCAUUCCAAAUCAUCAGUCUGCUGGAUCUAUCUGCCGCGUUUGACACUGUCAAUCAUCAGAUACUCCUCUCCACCCUCUCAUCACUGGGCAUCGCUGGAAUUCCACUUCGCUGGUUUGAAUCCUAUCUCACUGAUGAUCCAACGGUAGCUGCAAGGAUCUCAGGUUGCCUGGCGGACAUCUCGGCAUGGAUGAAAGAACAUCACCUUCAGCUCAACCUGGCAAAGACUGAGCUUCUUGUCUUUCCGCCGCUCCAACUCUACAGCAUGACAUCACGAUCCAGUUAGGUUCAUCAACAAUUACCCCAUCAACUUCGGUCAGAAAUCUUGGUGUAAUCUUUGAUGACCAGCUGACCUUCAAAGACCACAUUGCAAAGACUGCUCGAUCUUGCAGGUUUGCACUACACAACAUCAGAAAGAUCAGGCCCUUUCUGACGGAGCAUGCUGCACAACUCCUUGUCCAGGCCCUUGUCAUUUCUAGGCUGGACUACUGCAAUGCUCUUCUGGCUGGACUUCCAUCAAACACAGUCAAACCCCUACAAAUGAUUCAGAAUGUGGCGGCACGACUGGUCUUCAAGGAACCCAAAAGAGCCCAUGUCACACCUCUCUUUAUCUCAUUGCAUUGGCUACCAAUCGCAGCUCGCAUCAAGUUCAAGACACUGAUGCUUGCUUAUAGAACAACCACAGGCUCAGCACCCGCCUACAUGCACUCACUAUUAAGAAUCUACAUCCCCUCCAGAAGUCUGAGAUCUGCUAGUGAGCGACGCCUCGUGGGACCAUCACAAAGAGGCUCAAAAUCACUCUCCAGAACAUUCUCGUUCACCAUUCCUGGCUGGUGGAAUGAUCUUCCCACCCAUAUUCGGAGUACUGGAUCCUUGUCAAUCUUCAAGCAACAGCUGAAAACUCAUCUCUUUCGACACUACUUGACUUCACCCUACACAUAAAAAAAAUAAAUAAAUAAAACUCUUUCUCCUUAUUUAUUCUUUCCCUUGCUAGCUUGUACUUAUUUAAACAAUGCCUGAGACUUGGUGUUGCAAGCACUUCGUUUGUCGGAUUGCCUCUUCAAGAUGACUCGCUUUAUGUAUUCCCCAAUUGUAAGUCGCUUUGGAUAAAAGCGUCUGCAAAAUGACUAAAUAUAAAUGUAAAUAUAAAUAUCUUGAUUAUCCCCAAGACUUUUGGGCAAACAUUCUGUGGACUGAUGCAACAAAAGUUGAACUUUUUGGAAGGUGCGUGUCCCGUUACAUCUGGCGUAAAACCAACACAGCGUUUCAUAAAAAGAACAUCAUACCAACAGUCAAACAUGGUGGUGGUAGUGUGAUGGUCUGAGACUGCUUUGCAGCUUCAGAACCUGGAUGACUCGCCAUAAUUGAUGGAACCAUGAAUUCUGCACUCUAUCAGAAAAUCCUGAAGGAGAAUGUCCGGCCAUCAGUUUGUGACCUCAAGCUCAAGUGCACUUGGGUUAUGCAGCAGGAUAAUGAUUCCAAACACAGCAGCAAGUCCACCUCUGAAUGUCUCAAGAAAAACAAAAUUAAGGUUUUGGAGUGGCCAAAUCAAAGUCUGGACUUAAAUCCAAUUGAAAUGCUGUGGCAUGACCUUAAACAGUCCAUUCAUGCUCGAAAACCCUCCAAUGUGGCUGAAUUAAAACAAUUCUGCAAAGAAGAGUGGGCCAAAAUUCCUCCACAGCGAUGUGAAAGACUCAUUGCCAGUUAUCGCAAAUGCUUGAUUGCAGUUGUUGCUGCUAAGGGUGGCACAACCAGUUAUUAGGUUUAGGGGGCAAGCAUUUUUUCACACAGGGCCAUGUGGGUUUGGAUUUUGUUUUCCCUUCAUAAUAAAAAACUUCAUUUAAA